CCCCAGAGUCUGCCCACCUUUCCUCACGGUGGCCAAACCCGACCGGCUAGUCCUUCUCUGUCUCAAUUGUGUCUCAGUCCUAUUUUGAGCCAAUUUUCAUCGCCAUAGAGAUCUUCCUCACUCAGUUGACACGACAACGCAUUCCUUUCCUGCUGGCGGGAUUCACAUUCUUUGCUGGUUGAUCUAUCUAUACCCUGGACUUUCUCGCCCGAUCAUCUUGUGCUCGUCCUCCCUUUUCUCUGUCCCUUGUCCACCGCAACAUGGCCGUUUAUCCCUGCUCUCCUUACUCCAGCUUCACAUCACCCACCACCAUGGAUUUUGAUCGGUCGGCGCUGCAUGAGUUCAUCAUGCAGCCCGUCUCGCGCGACAUGAUCGCUCAUUUGGCCCAACAAGCGUCGCAGGUCAUCCGCUGCGAACCGCAUGUGACGGCCCAUCACGCGCAUGGCCAGCCCACGCCUCCCAGCACUCCCCCCUUGGAUGAUGACCUGCCUCCUUUACCCUCCGUCGAGGCCUUCAUUGCGUCGCUGGUCGCCCGCUCGCAGGUGCAGGUGCCGACGCUGAUGACCUCGCUGGUCUAUUUGGCCCGCCUGCGGGCUCGCCUGCCCCCCGUGGCCAAGGGCAUGCGCUGCACGGUGCACCGCAUCUUUCUGGCCUCGCUCAUCCUGGCCGCCAAGAAUCUCAAUGAUUCCAGCCCCAAGAACAAGCACUGGGCUCGCUACACGGCCGUCCGCGGCUACGAUGGCUUCGGAUUCUCGCUGCCCGAAGUCAACCUCAUGGAACGUCAGCUGCUCUUCCUGCUCGACUGGGACAUCCGGGUCGAAGAGGCUGACUUGCUGCAUCAUCUGGAGCCCUUCCUCGCGCCCAUCCGUCGGCGCCAUCAGCUGCAGGAGCAGCGACAGCGGGAGGCCCAGCUGCGCCAGCCCCGCGACUGGCGUCGCUUCCAUGCCUCGGCGGAUAUCCUGGCUGCCCGACUCCGUCGUCCGAAGCAAGACGCCCGCCGGGUGGCUGCCGAGUCCCCCUCACGCCGUCGCCUGCCUCCCAGCCCAGCAUCGUCUGCAUCCCUCUCCUCGAUGUCGUCCGCUAGCUCGCACUGCGCCUCCCCAGCCUCCUUGGCGGAGUCCGAUCGGUACCGCCCGUACCCGCCACGCCGGCGUCCGUCGACGCGUAGUCAGGCCUCGGUGUCCUCCCCACCGUCCGUGCGGGAUGUUCCUGGCCUCUCGCGCGCGGAAACCGUUCCAUCCUUGUGCUCGCGUGCCUCCAGUCUGGCUUCACGGGGGGCCACGCCCGCUAGCCUGCGCCCCUCCAGCUCCAUCACCAGCAUGGAUGAGGUGCAUGUCGUGGACGCCGCUCGCAGUCCGUCGCUGAGCGGCAGCUAUGUCCCGCUCAUCGACACCAAGGCCGAGGCGCUGUCGCAGCCGAGCAAGAAACUGCGGCAUGUCCCGAGCCAUGGCCAUGGGCAGAGCCAUCCGGGCUUCGUGGCCCGGUUUCUGGCCUCGGCCACGGGGUCAUACAUGGGGGGACGGCGUCAUUGAGCUGGACUUGAUGAACCACCUUCUGUCUCUUUACAUAUCCGGCGCUAUACCAUUGCAGUUGAUGAUUCUGAUGACAAAAGUACACCCCUACUCCCCGAAUACCCAUCCUCCCCCUCUACCCUUUUCACAAGAGAAUCAUGUCCUACGGUGACGGCUUGCAUAACACGGCGGCGUUGUUCCAUUCGGUGUCUAUUUUGUUUCCAUUUCUUCUGAUUACUCUUGGAUUCUGUUUCCCGCGUCGGUAU